CAGACGCAUUUGACGACUAUCGGGAAGCCUGUUCACUCUUUUAAUGGAGAGCUGAUUCUGAUAAUGGUUCAGAAGCCGCUCCUCUCGCUCUGUGAAAACGGCUGAGCACAGUAAUGCCGGCAAAUCUAGCUGCGCGAUGUCUCCUACCAAAGCUAAACCGAAACGGAAUUCUAGAAGAGCCGUGAAAGAUCCAUGGGAGGAGGAGCAGUUAAUGACAAGUGCGAAGUCGCAGCUGGUUAACUUGGAUUUGGUGAAACUGCUUGCCAACCCUCAAGCUUGGGAUUGUCUCGAAGAGAAUGAAAAACAAGAGAUCCUUAAGCUUCUCCCCGACAAAGCACAUCCGGAUCCUAGCUCCCUACCUGAUGAUCCCGAAGCGAAGAUCCCCCCUCCCCCGCAGUCUUUCCUACGCUACUCGAAUGAAUGGCGCGACGGCAUCCGUCUCUUUCAACUGGAUCUAGAGAAUGGUCACUAUGACCCGGAAUGGCAGCGCCAGGCCAACCAGGCCAUGCAGGAGAGAGCUGCAGGCAAAUUUGACAAGUUUAAAGAGGAGGAGUUCGAACAAUUCUGGGGACAGAAGCAGAAACUGGACAGAACACUUGUGGCAGGGCAGAGCUCUCAGGUGAAACUGAAGACGUUGACCGAUAAUGGUGUUAUCCAGGAGGGUGAUGUCUGGAGAUACUCGCGAGUUUUCUCCAAAGGACCUGAAAAGAUUCUGGUUGAGAAAGAAGUCAGGAUUGUGAAGAUUGACGGCGCUAGCCUGAGCUUCGUCAUGCCGCCUGGAAGACGGGUAUUUCUCACAGGUCUCUCAGGGCCGACUGACACAGGCCAAGAGCAAAGUCAAAAGUCCAUCAAUGGAUUGAAUGCAGAUGGAGAAGUUGUUGAUGGACAACAAGAGAGUGGCACUGCUGCAACCGAAUCCACAGAACAUUCUCAUACUAGCGAAACAACAGAGGCUGGCUCCUCUAACAAACGCAAAUCCGAGAUUGAGCACGGCAACUGCAAAAGACAGCGUUCACGGCCUCCAGAGUUAACCGAUCAACUGGAAUCCUCUACUGAACCCACCGAGAACUCAACUGAUGUUGUAGUGGAAAUUGUCAGGCUUUCAACAACUGCGGAGGCAAUUUUCCCCACAGAGGGUGCAGAUGGCCCCGCAGAAACGAGCGACAAACCCCAGAGUGGUGAGGGGUCAGACAGUCCGUCUCAAUCAGCUCCUGAACCUGCUCAGGAACCCACGCAAGAGUCGAUGCCCGCGAAUGCACCCAAUGAUAAGAUCGAUGAGAUAUUGGUUGAGGACAUUCGGGGGCUCACUGCACUUUCCGCAAAGAUCAUAGAAGUUGACGGCCGCGUUACCAAAUGCCCGAAUGGCAAUGCUUGGAAAGAGUUUCGUGCUUACAGGAAUAACCAGGACAUGGGCAGCCUAUGGGAGGUCAGACAGGCUUGGUUCCAACGUGCUAAAUAGUAUGGCCAGUCCUUUUGUGUACGGCUGUACAUUUCUUGCUUUGCUGUCUCCGGCCUGGAUUGACGAGCAUUGGAUCACCUGAGCUUUUCUUUAGGUGUGACUUCCUGGACUUCCACUUUUUCGUCGUUCAUAGCAACCCUUUCAUGUGAUAGACACAAGUAGACUCUCCAAUAUGUCCAGCUUUUUUCACAAUAACAUUAU